AUGGAUUCCACACGAGACGCAGUGGAGGAGGAGAAGGCGGCUGCUUCUAGGAAAACAAGCACCACUGGUGGCGCAAGUGGUUCAAAACAAAGCACUCGCGUUCGGCGUACUACAGCAUAUCGUCAGGCUGUUUCAAGGACCAACAAAGCCAACCAAACUCAGGGGUGGCAAGCUCCUACCGAGAUCACCUUCCAAGACCAAGAGGCGGCUAGAGCAAUCAACAGGAAACUACAAGAGGAACGAGAGCGCACCCCUCUAGUCGAGCCGGAUCCUGUAGUAGAAUUGGAGCAGUUUCAGCGCAGAUCACGCCAGCCUUUCUCUUCUUCUGUUUCUGCAACAAGUUGCUCUUCUGGCGGGCGAGGGCAAGUAGAUUUAGAAGAAGAAGGAGAUCAGGAGACGCCACUCGAAAUGUUGUGGUCAUUUCUGCAGACAUGGAAGGCAUGCACGCAGGCGGCAUAUGCACGGGACGCAAAAGGAAAGUGGAAUGAGGAAAGUGCAGAAAUGAAGAGCUUGCACUUGCUUGAGUAUCCACCAAAGGCUUUGAGGCUGAUACAGCGGCAUCCAGUUAGUAAAACAGAACUGGAGUCGAUGCUGCCCGCCAUUGUGAAGGCUAGAGGUGCUCUGCUUGGUAUGAAGAGCAAAGCUGAUAGAACGGCUGGUGCUGGUUUUGUUGUACCUGAAGAAGAACAGGCGAAGGAAAAAGUGGAAGGACAAGCAGUCAAGAAGAAGAACAAGAAGAAAACGCUCGUGUCUUUAGUAGUUAACGGAGAGCCGCGCAGGCUUAUUCCUGGGACACCACUUCCAGACACCUCGGACAUCGAAGAUUACUUGUUGUUGAUUCUUCGGACGCCUCUAGCGGAUUAUCUCGUUACAACAAUCAUCGGAGGCGUUCAUCCGAACUUCAUUGCAGUGCUGCCAGUGCCUUUCAGUGGGAAGCCUCAUAGGCUGGACAGAUCGCAGUACUUCUUCAGUGAAAACUUUGCGAGUUUCUCCAAUGAGGCGAAAAGAAGUGGUAAUGUUAAAGUGUGCGCAGGUAUGUGGUCACGGGAGUGCGGCGUUCAGGUGGGGCCAGAGUUAGACCUUGUCUACGAACAGCGCAACAAAGACGGCCAGCUGGUUCCAGUCGGGGAUGCUUCACUCUCGUCGAAGAGCGGCGAAGGCAACGACAAGACGCUGAAGCAAGUGAUACCAAAUAAGUCACUACUCAAAGUCUUCGAGACUUCUAAUGACAUCUACGCGCAGACACUAGCUAUUCUGGAGCAUAACAAAGUAGCUGCAAACGCGUUAAAGCCUAAGAUGAAGAGAAAAACGAGGAAAGGGAUCAAUGCACCUGUUGCGCGCAAGGGAGGGCUAGCGGAUAAGGUAGUGUCGAAGCAGAGCAGUAAAGUGACAGCGUCAUCGGUAUCAGAAAGCGAGAACGGUCAUGCAAGAAAACGUCGAAAGAAGCAACAGCC